ACCUCCUCCUCUUUCCAUCCGAGAAACCAAAGUACCCAGUGAAAAAAAGUUCAAAGUUCAAACAGAAACCCCGCCCAUGGGCAGCCGUUAGAUCAUCCAUCCAUGACAGUACCCAUCCGUUCGAUUCAUUACGGUGCACCAGCACUGCACGGAGACUUCCACCAGUUCCUCCGCCUCCUGUUUCUACUCUCGGCGGCGGCGGCGCCUACCGCCACCGCGCAAAUGAGCUCCAAUUCUUCUUCCUCGUCGGGCUCCUCUUACACGAACGUCAAUCCGUCAAUGUCGAUCAUAAUCGUUGUGUUAUUCGUCGCCUUCCUGUUCAUGCUCUCCUUAUCUGUCUACAUCCGCUACUGCAACCCCGACGCCGUCAACUCAGGACAAUCCCGUCGCGGCGCCGCCGCACGACAGCGGCAGUCACGACAGCGGCAGUCGAAGCCGGGCCUGGAUCCCGAAGUAAUCGAGUCGUUCCCGAUCUUUCAGUACUCCGACGUGAAGGAUCCCAAAUUCGGCAAGGGAGGAGGAACGCUAGAAUGCGCCGUGUGCAUAGCCGAGUUCGAAAACGACGACGCUUUGAGACUGUUGCCGAAGUGCGACCACGUUUUUCACCCCGAGUGUAUUGACGCCUGGUUGGCCUCCCACUCCACGUGCCCAGUCUGUCGCGCAAACCUCGCCCCGAGUCAGAACGAACUCGGGCGAGGCACCGAGUUGCCUCAGUCGAAUGACUCGGAUGGAGCAGAAAAUCAAAGUCAAAGUCGAAGUCAAAAUCAAGAUGAGACGCAGAUUUCGGUAGACGUUGAGGAAGGUGGGAACAGAGGGGUGCAAGAGGUGUGUGAAACGCCGAAGAGGAAGUUACCGAAGUCAUACUCGACGGGUCACUCACUGAGUCAACCAGGAGAGAAUUUGGAGAGGUACACGUUGAGAUUACCGGUUGAGUUGAGGAGGGAAAUGAUGAGUCGGUCCAGUGGGAGUUUAAAACGGACGAUCAGCUGCGUCGUCGUUUUGCCGACGGAAGCAAGUUGGAGGAGAGGAGGAGGGGAAGGGAGUAGUAGUAGGUGCCGGUCGGACUGUAAUUGGCGGUCGGACCGGUGGGUAUUUUCGAUGACGCCGCUGUUUUUUUCGAUGGCGCAUUCGGUUGCGUCGCCAAAGGUGGGGUCCGAAGGGGAUUUAACGGCGGUUGGGGGGUUUAACAGGUCUUUUUUGACGAAUGUGAGGACGCCGUUUGAUUGUCUUGCGGUGAAGAGUGACGGAGUUGGGCAAACGUCAACCCGGCCACCUGUUUAAUGUAUUAUAGUACUAUUCUCUAUUUGAUCUUUGUGAUUUUAUUGUAUUGGCAUAAUGCCUCCGGGCUGCAACGCACUGGUUGAGUCAAAAAAAACGCACAGACGAAUAUGCAUUUUCAA